UAUUUGUAAAGCUAAUCUUAUCUUUGAUUUAAACUCAUCUCAUUAAUUGCUUGGUCAAAAUGGAAACAACCCAGGUUCCAAUGCCUGGAGGUGGAGGCCGGGGGGUCCAUAUACCUUGUGCUGCUUGUAAGAUGCUACGCCGGAAAUGCGACAGCAAUUGUUUACUUUCACCCUACUUUCCAAGUGAAGAUAUUGAAAAGUUUGCUGGUGUUCAUAGGGUUUUUGGUGCCAGCAAUGUUGUCAAAAUGAUCCAGAUGGUGGAGGAAGCUAAUAGGGAAGAUACGGUAAAAGCACUAGUGUACGAAGCAACAGCGAGACUUAGAGACCCUGUUUAUGGGAGUUCUGGAGCUAUUUUCCAUUUGCAGAAGAUGGUUGAGGAACUCACAUCUCAGUUGGAGACUGUAACAGCUCAAGCGUCGGAGCUGCAAGCCAAUAUAGAUCAGCUGCUGAGCAUUCUUAUGAAUGUUGGUUACCUUGAUAUUUUCUCCACCAUGCAUCAUCACCCUUCAACCUUUGAUGAUGAUUGCACUCAUCAUCUCUUACAACAUCAUCAUCAUCAUCAUCAACAUAAUAUUAUUCCUGAUACUGUCGCGUCCUGUGAUAUCAUUCCUGAUGAUCAUCAUCUCAUCAAUAUUCCCAAGGACCAUAACUAGAUUAAUGUUUCUGGGACACCGGCCCACAAAUACUCAGUAUACUUGUUUUGUGGAGCUUUGAUGGAUCCUGUAAUUUCUAUAUACAAUUACAAAAAAUAUAUAAAACUUAAAAAUGUAUAUCUUUUCAUUUUUGGAUUCGUAGAUCCCAGCUGCUUAAUUGCUUUUUUGUUGGUUAACAAGGAAACGAAAAUUUUGUGCUUUUGGCAUCUGUUGGAAA